AUGUUGGCCAAAAGGUGGCUCGCUUUGGUGGCUCUCUGUCUGCCCGCCUCGGUGCUCGCCGAUAGCAAUGCAUUUUACAAUUUGAGCUUUGUUCAGGACUUGACACACAAUUUGCAUUUACGGCAUAGAUUCAAUGGCUUGAUUACCUUUUCGGACAACCGCAAGCUGGUGAAGCCAUUGGUGGAGAGCCACUAUUUCGUCUCACUGGAACGAUUCCUGGCAGUGACUCUGAGACUGCCGCUCAUCAUAUAUGGCCUGCAGAAGAGCAUUCCCGAGCCGGGGAUCAUAGCGCGGAAGACUUUUGUCUUCUGCACGGUGCGCAACCUGAGGGUAGAGCAGGAGCCCAUGUUCAAGGUUGUCCAUAAGAUGCUGGAUGGUCGUCACGAUCUGCGCAUUCUCUUCAUUCUCAACCCUGGGAAACAGCACAAGCCCUCAAUGGAGGAGAUAGAUGCAUUCUUCCGUUGGUGCUGGCGCCAUCAUUUUAUCAAUGUCGGCCUAACUUAUCAGCGGAUUGAACAGAAUGGCAAUGACAACUUUACAACGUAUGACCAGCUCUUCAGCUAUACGCCCUUUCCCAAGGUCAGCAUUCAGAAUGUGACCCACAUUGGCGUUGCUUUCAAAUGGGAGGAAGUAGACGUCAACGAUGUGCAAGGCUAUGAAUUUCGUGUGCCCGUCUUUCAGGACUAUGCAUACGCAUUCCUGCUGCCAAAUGGUGAGCUUUAUGGCAUCAUUGGCAAGCUCGUGGCCGGCUUCAUAGAGAAUUGCAACGGUACUCUGCGCGUGGAGCGAACACCUGAUGUGAACAGGUUCAAUUACCACAAUCGCACGUUGACCUGGCCAGCUCGCGGCAUUAUCGACAUCGGCGUACAUCCGUUUACGCAGCUCAUACAGAAGUCUGGCGAGGCCGAAGGCAUUAUAAUCAUGUCUCCAACGAAAACUUGCCUCAUGGUGCCCGUCCUGAUUCCCCGUCCGCUAGACAGAUUUGUGGGCUUCGUUGCCCGUAACAAUGGAGUUUUAUUGGUGGUUAUAUUACCAUUCCUGAUGCUUGGAUGGCAGCUGCUUGCCCGCAAUUGCUCCAAAGGAUUCUUUCUGGCCUUUGCCCUUUUCAACAUGCAGCCGGUGAACGAGAAUCUAUUCAGACGCUUCACCAAUGCCUACAAAAUGGUGCAUGUGGCCAUUCUGCUCAGCUUCUUCAUACUCUGGAACGACAGGACUGGAGCUCUAACGCGGGCAAUCAGCCUGAAUAGCAUGCCACAGCAGAUUCAUACUGUUGCGGACUUCUUACGGAGUCCCCUGCGCAUCAUGGUAACUAAAGCCGAAGUCGAAAUGUACUUCAAAAACGAAUUGCUACCGAAAGCCCUGCAGCCACGCCUCCUCGUCGUCAAUUCGUCCACUCUGAUAAAGCACCGGGAUAACCUAAAUACCAGCUUCGCCUACUGCGCCAGCGACGGAGCCUGGAAUAUUGCCUCAUUCCAGCAGUCUCGACUUAAUCCUCCGCUGUUUCAACGGCUGAGCCGAAAUUUCUGCACUUCGCCAACCAUUCGACAUAUUCCCAUGGGUCGAAACUCGCCGUUUAGGGACAACUUUUUUCGGUUCUACAUGCACAGCCGACUGACUGGAGUCUACAACAAAUGGAAAUCGUUGAGUUUUAGGAAAGCAGCGCAUGCCGGAUUUAUUCAGGUCAUUCCGGAGGAUAGCUCGUUUGUCAGCAUGAAUCUGCAGGACUAUAUGGUAUUUAUAAAGGGCUAUUGGAUAUGCAUUGGCAUCUGUGUCUUGUGCCUGGUUUGCGAGAUCAUUUGGAAGAAUCGCGUACAUCUAAGACUUCAUUGGUAG